AUGGCGGAAGGAGAUAAGAGCAGAAAGCUGUCCGAAAACGAACUCAAACGGCGCAAAUUCAAAGCAAAGCGCCGAGCCGCGGAUCUUUUUCAAAAUCCGGAGCCCUGGAUCAAAAACAUUGACGACAUCACGCGCUGGGACGACCAAGUCGGCUCGACGACUACCGCGAGAGACUUGCACACUACACUACAAACGAUUCUUGAUUCCGACAGGGUCAAAAUCGACGAACUCGACAGGGCUACGGAUCUCCUUACCCUCAUCCACUUGAUGCGAGAGUGGGAACACGACAGAAAGCUCCCGCGAUCCGUCAAAAGGCACAAGAAGAAGGAAUACGAGUGGUGGACAUACAUUUGCGACGAACUGCAGGACAUUGCUGACGGAAAAUUCGCGGAUUACGACACUUCUUCUUCUCAGGCCGAAUCCCAAUCCGAAUCCGAAGGAUCCUCAGGCGAAAGCGAUUCCGACGAAAACGCCAGAGCCGCUGAAUCCGUGCGCGACGAAAUCGAAGAAAACCUGCUCGAAAAACCACCUCCCCCUGGUGAUUGCUCCUCCGACAGCGAUUCCGACGUCUUUGUCAUGUCGUCCCGAACCGGAGAAUACAGUCCGUUGAAGAAAACCAAUCGAAAAAAAUCCGACACAACGCCUACGGCGAGUCCGCAACGCAACCCGAAGAAGACGAAGUUUGACAUGUCCCUGCAACCCACCAUGUCUCCCACCGACGACGCGACGACCCGUCAGUCCGUGCUACCUUCCUUGCCCGCGACGGAACACGCCGAUACCCGUUCGUGUUCCCCAUCGACAGCGCCCCCGCCUUUGACAAAACAGCAAAAGUACGAGCGAUACAAGACGGAAAACGCCAAGUUCGCCGCCAAAGUCAACGAACAGCGAGCCCAAAUCGCAAAAUUACAGUCGGAAAACACCAAAUUGGACACCCAGCGGAACUCACUCCAGACGCGACUUAACCUCAGCACCGCAUACGUCACCAGCUUGAAAGACCAGUUGACUGAGAAGGACAAACAGAUCGACACCCUGGAAGGCAGCCACCACACCCUGUUCACCAAAACGAUUGCGGACGGAUCCGACGCCUUCCUCGCCGUCCGAGAUGUCAUGGAUGUCAUCAUCAAAUCACUCAACAACGGAUGCACUCUCGAGUUGGAACUUUUCACGGACGACUCCGGAUCAGGUGGAGAUGCGAAAGCAGCCAACUACAAGGAACACGACGGAUCACGGGACGAACCCCGAAAUGACCCCGACGCUCCGGAGGACGGAAACGGAGACUGUGAGGAAGACGGAGAUAGUCCAGGCCCAAUACUUUGCCCGGAAGACGGAACACAGGAUGACUGA